ACCAUGCAUACCUUGGGGUUAAGAAAGCGGAGUACUGUCUGCUCCAAAACAGCUUAAUUCAACGCCCACUCAGACAGUUGGCCACCCUAAAUAAACUCAGAUUUCAAACUUCAAAAGCUCCCUUAGUCUCAUGAUGGAUAAAUGGAACUUGGAAGUUGCAUCCCUCUUCUAUCAGCCCCUGCACGGCGAGCUACCGCUCCGACUUCUUCUUAUUCACCCUGGGAAACCUGAAGAGCCGCUCAGAACCGAGCUCAUUACUACAUCGCUAGGAGAGUCUGGGGGCGAUUAUGAUGCCACAUCGUAUACCUGGGGUUCCUCUGAGAACCCGGAACAGAUUGAGUGCGGCAAAUACAAGCUUUGGGUUCAGAGGAAUGCGUUCCAUAUGAUGCUAGAUCUUCGAAGACCUCAUGAGCCCCGCAAAGUCUGGAUCGACGCCAUCUGCAUGAAUCAGUGCGACCUCGAUGAACGCGCUGCGCAGGUUGCUAUCAUGCACCACAUCUACCGCAGGGCGGCGGCGACAUGGAUCUGGAUGGGUCGUCCUGAUGAAUACAGCUCUGCUGCGAUGACGUACGCGGCUAGUCUUGAUGCACAGAAAUUUGUUAGAGAAUUCUCUGAUUGUCAAUUUGGUUCCAAUUGGUUCCGUUUUGUAGAGAAAUCAUACUUCUUUGACCCUUCAUUCUACACAGAUCUUAGCGCCGAAUCAAUACGGGAUCUUGCAGUCGCCAUCGUGAGCUUUCUGAACCGCCCAUGGUUUUCUCGCGUGUGGAUUCAGCAAGAAGCUUCAUUGAGCCAAAGUGCACGAGUGCUUUGCGGUUCAAGUGUCGUGAAUUGGGAUAACAUAUUUGCGCUAGCUUGGAUAAUGUGUCCGAGAUACACUGAAACAUGGCCACCCUAUAUUCACCAUCACCUUAGCCGGACAAUCAACAACAUACAAGCAGUAAGAAUCAUCCAGAGAUGUCGCCAUUAUUACUUUCAGGACCAUUACGGGCAGACGGAUAUUACGUUGGGAUUUGAGGGUUUGGUGGACAGUGUUUCUCGCUAUGAGGCGACGAAUCCCAGUGAUCGGAUCUAUGCAAUGGGGAAUAUCAUAGUUGACUCCAAUCAGUGGUUUGAGGUUGAUUACAAGGUCCCUUGGGAGAUUCUGUACACCGACGUUGCUCGAAGAUUCCUCGAUGCUGAUGGCCUACGUUUCCUAAAAAACGCGGGCAGGAUCCGACAGGAAGCUAACACUGCUCUUCCAUCCUGGGCCCCAGACUACAGAUAUAAAGAGGAGAGCGAGUACAUGAUAGUGAUACCUAGCACACGCCUGUGGAAAGCCGGUGGAAGCAUUCGCGCCGCAUUUAUUUCACCGACCAAGAUGGCUAACAGUAGAGUUUCCCUGCUUCCGAAAGGUAGAAAAAGACAUUUUCCGAUGUCGGAUGAGCUAAAGGACUAUAGGGGACCCAAAAAGUCUCUGCUCCAGAGCUUUGCCUCAUUUCGAUGCUUGAUGGCUGACGAGAUCAUCUAUGUCGGUGGCUAUGUCAAUAAUGAAAACGGAUCACUCGAGACCAAUAUUUCACAGAUUGUCGAGAAAAUGAAAAAGGAUAUCGAGUAUGUUAACGCACUUGGAGUGUCGACGUACAUCAAUGGAGAGACAAUUCUAGACGCAUACAAACUUACCCUCAUAAUGGCGUGUGAUGCUCAGCAAGAACCCGUGCGUUGUGAAUAUGUUAAAGAGCAUUGGGAAAACUUGUUCAAUUGGUACGAAAAGGGUUGUCCAGGAUAUUGGGAUGCAGGUACAAUGAAGCCAGCGAUGAAUCCCUCAUUUGAAUCAUCCGGAGCCAUGACUACAUUUUGCUUCGCCAUCACCCGGCAUGGUUACUUCUGCCUGGUACCUCGCCUUGUUCGAGUUGGUGAUGAGAUUGCUAUCUUCCAGUCCUACGAGCUUGCGACGGUCUUACGUCGGGUACCGCAACCACACCCCCCGAAUACCCCUAAGCAAGGUCAAAAAUCCGGAAUGCCUACCACAGUUGAUCAUUACUUUGAACUCCUUGGAGAUGCUUAUGUGCAUGGGAUGAUGGAAAAUGAGGCCCGCUGUAUCAGCGACGAAUUUGAUUGUCGUUUUGAGUCGACGCAGGCCCAGUGGGACAAGAUGCUCAAGGCAUCAGACGGGGGUAAAGGUGAGGCAUGGAGAACGCUAGAUUUAGAUGGCAACUAUGAGAGAAUCUUCAGGACACUUGGGCCGCGUACAGUCCGUCUAGUAUAGUAUUUGGUCGUUGGUGGUAGUCGAUAAUACUGCCUCGAACUGCAUGUUCAGUCUGUACGCAUGUAACAUCAACAACCAAGUACAGUAUAUCAUUUUACUACUUACAGCGAGUACUUCUUAUUUCAUCCUUGCUCGCCGGACUACCGGACUGAUAGCCGCUUGGCAGAUUACGUUUCGGCCUGGUAACGAUCUGUAAACUGGAUAACGAGUCG